AGUUCUCAAAACUAAUAUAAACGAAGAUGAUUUAAAGCAAUCAUCAAAAAAUAAAAAAGUCGAACUUCUAGGCUUAACUUCUGUUCAGAUUAAAAAACUCGAAAAUUGGCUAAAUAAAGAUGUAGAUAAUAAAAAAUUAUUAGAAGAUGAAUUAAAUGAAUUAAAGCCUAAAAUCAAAUCCGUCGAAUUUAUUAGCGAAUUUUUAGAUGAAGCCAAAAGUUUGCUCAAAGGAAGCAGUCAAAAUCAUUUAAUGAAAUGGAAAACGUUACUAAAAUUAAAAAUUAUUUACUUGGAACUUGAAAAUAAACCGGACAAAAACGAAAAACUACAAGCUGAGAUUAAGGAGGAAAUAUCGAAGGAAAGUGAAGCCAAAAAUUCCGUAUAUCAGGAACUUAUAAAAUACUAUCACCAAAGGGAAAGAGAAUGUGAAUUUAUUUAUGAUAUAUAUCUUAAAAAAGGAGACAAUUUAAACGAGUUUGAUUUUAUAUCUCCGACAAAUUUUAAAAAGAAUCGUAAUUUGGGUGAAAAGGACUCUCAAUAA